GUUGCGGCAAUCCACACAAGUUGUCAAAAUCAACCCCUUGAAGUCGACUUUCUCGGGAAACCAGUGUUGUCGCUUGAAGGAAAGCAUGGUUAUCGCCUUGAACGUGAGUGCAAUGACCCGAUUUUAGCAAAGUGAUGAUCAACCAGUCCAGUGCUAAGACAGAUGGGUGCUCUAUCUUAAAAGCCGUAAGUUGUAUAUCUUGCUUCCGUACGGCAAACUACCUUCAUACAUUACCUCAACUACACAAUUCUGUUUGCUCCUUCUCUCUCCUAAUGGUCGUCUGUGUGCCGCCACAAGAUUUCACGCGACCACCGGCCGGAAUCAAGCUCGACGCAAACGGUAAACCUCUAGGUGUCGCACCUGCUGCUGUGGUUCAGAGGUCCCAUCGCCCAUGGUGGUUUACCUCUGACCAACCAGACAGAGUAGCCAGGCUCGUGGACAUCGUCUCCCACUAUCUCUUCCUUGACGGGAAAGACAAUCAAUUCGAAGCAUGUGGACGCCAGUAUCUGUACGACCUUCUCUCUAGACCUGUCCAUGACAAAAAGCAGAUCGAGUUCGUCUUUCCUGGCUUCCCAUUCAAAAGUCCAAGUACACAAAAGGUACUUGGCCGCCUUCCCGACAUGGGGGAAGAGCUUCUCCUACACAGGCUCGAAGCCCUUGCUUGCGCAAUUCACGACGAAUACAAGCCCGGCGCCGUGGUACGCAUAGUAAGCGACGGCAUCGUGUACGGUGAACUUCUCGGGCAGACCGACACUAGCGUUUAUCAUUACAACGCUGAGUUUCGCCGAAUUUGCGCGGAGAAUCGGUUGAAGCACCUGACGUUCGUGAGGCUUGCCGACUUGCUUCCGAGAGAAUGUCCAGGCGUUGCAUCGUCUGACUCGAACGAGAUGACCUUGGAGGAGUAUAUUCACGCGGCUCCUAUCAUCCAUUCCCAAUUCCUAGCCCACGACAUUUCCCACUGCAACGUCGAGGAGAACAUCAAGAGUGAUUCGGGUGUCCUCCGUACUUAUCGAGGAUACCUCAAGUUCCUGGAGCUUGAUUUAGAUGGGACUAGCCUGAUGCUGGAUCGUCAUGAUGGAAACCCGCUCUCCGGAAAGCAAAGGGACAAAAUCCGACGGCAAAUUGCAAAACAGAUGAUCAUACGCGGCACGAAAUUCUCCGAUCUCGUUCGGACCAAGUUUCCUUCUGCAGUCCGUUUAAGCUGCCACGAGCACCCAAAUAAGGGACCUAAAUUUGCAUUAAACCUAUUUCCUGGUUCGAGGAUGUCUGCCACACCAUGGCACAACGUCAUCUACGAGGCGGCUGACGGAUCCCUCCGAAUCGGUCACCUACGCUCAUUCGAGAAGGAUGACUACGAGGUUGUUUCAAAACACGGUCGACCUUAUUAUAUCCGAGAGAAAUCCACAGCUUAUUCCUUCGAACCGCAGUUGGACGCCCAGAUUUCUUUCACUCGAAACUUCCCCUUUGGACUAACCAUCUCCUGUGCGCCCUCAGCGGGAGUGUCAUUCGACGAUCUACCGAUGAAUAAACUGCGUAAGCUCACGGCUAUGCACUCCUGUAUACUACUCCGCGGGUUCUCUCAAGUUGAUCGAGAUGGUAUGAUCAAGAAAUCGGAAGAGCUGGGGCCGAUACUACGCUGGCCGGCAUACGGAGCCAUUUUCGAGCUAAAAGAGAAUCCCGACUGGGACGUCAAUAGCUCACUCACAUGUGAAGCAAUGCCAAUGCAUUAUGACGGUGUUUUCAAAACCAAAACCGACGAACAUGGAAAGGUCGUCAAUGAUCCCCCUCAAAUACAAGUCUUUCAAUGCAUUCAGGCACCAGGGAACGAGGGAGGCGGUCAGACUAUUUUGACGAACACAGCUGACAUUCUGCGAUACGGCGUGUCAGCGUCGCUGAAUCAAUCGCUUUCAUUGAAGACGUGGACAGUUUUUACACCCCAGAACACUGUAUUUGGCGGAGAUCACCUCAAACUGCCUCUAGUCACAAAGAAUGAGCUUACUGGCAAUGACAUAUUGCGAUGGCACGAUCCUUGGCCUCAAUGGGUCACGAAGUUUAAAGCCACAAAAGUGGGCAUCAGCGAAUCCAGUCGAGAAGAAGAGGCGACGAUCAUCGAGUUGCUCUCCGAUUUAUUGUACGACCGUAGAUUCUGCUUUGUGCACACUUGGGAAACGGGCGAUUUUCUCAUUGCAGAUAACAUCGAGCUGCUACAUACAAGGACAGCUUUUCUUCCAAGUCCAAGAGAAUUGUGGCGUAUUCACGUUAAUUAGCUUGUGAACCGGGACCGAUUGUUUGAUACCGUGAACUCUACCGCUCUAUUUUGUCCCUACUAUCCAAUGUAUCAAUCAAGCUCCACAAUGAAUCCUUUAUGGAUGGUUUACACUUUGUAUUCU